CUCAUGUUCACGGUCUAAAAUUUGUCAUGUCUUUCUAUGGACAAAUUUAAUUUGUUAAGCUAAAUAAUUUGUCUUUAUUUUGUCUCUUUUUAACUCCUGUCUUCACUCACUGGCAUCAAUACAAGACCACCAUUUCCACUACGGCACCACCUUCCCCAACUGCAUCAUAUUAGAUAGAGAAACAAAGCCUAGAGAGAGAAGAAAGUUGAAAAUUGAUUGGGUUAUCGUUGUAUUCUUCGUCUGUUUCUCCUCCUCUGUGCGCAAAUCUGAUAUAUUAUUUCUUUGAGCUAUUUGCUUUUGUUGUUAUUGUUAUCGUCUUGAAUUGAUUGGUGUCAGAUUCAAGAAUCAAAAAGUGGGCUUUUAUUAGAUUUGAUAUUGAAUCUAAUCGACAAGAGACUUGGCCCCCAUCAGUCUCUGUCUUGCUCGGCUUCCUCUGUCUCUAAAGACGCUUUGCGGACAUGGGAUUAGCUUUUGGGUUUCUCGAGGUUGAAGCAACGGAGUCAGAUCUUCGGUGGUGCCAACUACGCGAUUAUCAGCCCCAAAUCCAUCAGAAACAGAUGAAUUCAGGCUUGGCGCGUUACCAGUCUGCUCCAAGCACAUAUUUUUCUGGUUUCAUAGACGAGAUUCUCAAUAGACCUUCGAGUCCUGAAACAGAGCGACUCUUCGAAAGGUUGUUGUCCAGCACCGACAAUAACACAGACAACGACACAUCAGAUCAAAGUCAAAAUCAAAUUAUUCCUUCAAUCAAGCGAGAAUCCUCCAAUGAAGCUGCGAAGGAAUUGGAGCAGCAAACACAGUUUAUGGAGUCUAUGAGUAACAAAGCUGCAGCGAUGAUUGAACCACAACAGAGCAAUUAUUCCCCUACCCCACAGGGUUUCUAUCAGAGUCAAUCAAGACCACCCUUGCCGGAUCAGAAUCCGGGUUAUCAGGGCAUGGAUCCGAUGGGAAUAGAUCGGUUUCCGCCGAUGAAGGUGGCCGGAGGUGGUAAUUCGAACCUUAUUCGACACAGCAGCUCUCCUGCAGGACUAUUCGCCGACAUAAACAUCGAAAAUGGCUAUGCUGUAAUGAGAGGCAUGGGAGAUUAUGGAGGAGGUAAUAACACUAAUAGAGAAGCAUCUUUUUCUUCUGCAAGCAGGCCACCCACUUCUUCUGGGCUUAUGAGUGAAUUGAGGAACAAAAACAUGAGACCAAAUAGCCCUGACAGUACUGGUGGUUUUGCUGAAGGUCAUAAUAGUACCAAUUAUGUCACUGGUUACCCGAUUGGUUCUUGGGAUGACUCUGCCAUUAGAUCUGAAAAUAUUGGCGGCGUGAAAGGUCUUAGAGACGAAGAUCGAACACUUUCCGGACCAAGUGCAUCCGAGACUCAGAAUGCUGAGAAUCGGGCUCUUCCUCUGUUGUCACAUCACUUGAGUUUGCCGAAAUCUUCGAUCGGAAAGUUGUUGCAGCUCCAAGAUUCUGUCCCUUGUAAGAUUCGAGCCAAGCGUGGUUUUGCUACUCACCCAAGAAGCAUUGCUGAGAGGGUAAGAAGAACAAAAAUCAGCGAGCGAAUGAGGAAACUACAGGACCUUGUGCCUAACAUGGAUAAGCAAACAAACACGGCAGACAUGCUGGAUUUGGCUGUUGACUACAUUAAAGACCUUCAAAAGCAGGUCAAUGUGCUUACGGACAAUCGUGCAAAGUGUACUUGUUCGCGCAAGCUGCAGCAAUGACUCAAGAUCCAUGGGUUGUGCUUAAUUAGCAGCUUAGGUUAUGUAUAGAGUCAUCAAAUAAGGAGUUGCAAGGGAAGAUAUAUGGCAAAGCUAAAAGUUUCUCACUUUUGCAUUGAUUGUGUGAGUGGGAAAAAAGGGGAAUUGUUGGUAGAGCUAGCUAAUAUUGAUGCCAUAAUUACUAGGAAGCUAGCUGUCUAAUAGUGACCGAAUUCAGUAGCUGUACAUAUGUUUCCAUUGAAGACCUUGUGUUGAGACUUGAGAGAGAGGGACCGGAUGGUGCAGCUCUGCCUUACAAAUUUUCUCAUCUCUGCUGUCCCAUUAGAUGGGUACUAAUGGGGCCUCUAUUUAUGGUCAUAUAAUUGAUGGGUUUGUAAUAGAUAAGCAGCAUAAAAGACAUCCAUGUGAUAAUAAGGUCCAAAUUUGACUAAUUAUGAGAAGGGUUUCUCUCUAUUUUUUAAUUUUGUUGUUGUUUUCUUGUGCUUUAGGCUAAGGCGAGUGCAGACUGUGCAGUCACAUUCGAAAUAAUGCAUGUGUUAUUUCCCUA